UCUUCCAACCCCAACGCCCUCUUCCAACCUGCCCUAACUCUGGCACGCCCUCUUCCAACCCCAACACCCUCUUACAAACUGCCCUAACCCUGGCACGCCCUCUUCCAACUAGUCCCAACCCCAGAUCGCCCUCUUCCAACCUGCCCUAACCCUGGCCCGCCCUCUUCCAACCCCAACGCCCUCUUCCAACCCCAACACCCUCUUCCAACCUGCUCUAACCCUGGCACGCCCUCUUCCAACCCCAACGCCCUCUUCCAACCUGCCCUAACUCUGGCACGCCCCCUUCCAACCCCAACGCCCUCUUACAAACUGCCCUAACCCUGGCACGCCCUCUUCCAACCAGUCCCAACCCCAGAUCGCCCUCUUCCAACCUGCCCUAACCCUGGCCCGCCCUCUUCCAACCAGUCUCAACCUCAGGCCACCCUCUUCCAAACAGUCUCAACCCUGGCCAGCCCUCUUCCAACCAGUCCCAACCCCAGAUCGCCCUCUUCCAACCUGCGCAAACCCUGGCCUGCCCUCUUCCAACCAACCCUGGCCAGCCCUCUUCCAACCAACCCUGGCCCGAAAGAGGGCUGGCUGGUGUUGGAAGAGGGUGGGCCGGGGUUGGAGCAGUUUGGAAGAGUACGGGCUGGGGUUGGGACUGGUUAGAAGAGGGCGGGCAGGUUGGAACCAGUCUAACCAGUCCCAACCUCGGCCCACCCUCUUCCAAACCCGGCCAGCCCUCUUCUAACCUGCUCCAGCCCUUUUUCAAACGUGGCCAACCCUCUUCCGGGCCAGGGUUGGUUGCAAGAGGACGGGCUGGGUUUGGGCAGGUUGGAAGAAGGCUGGCCAUGGUUGCAGCAGGUUGGAAGAGAGCGGGCUGGGGAUGGGACUGGUUUGGAAUGCUUAGGACCUGCCAUUAAAUAUUUACAUAUAUUACAUAUACAUAUUUACAUAUAUUAAAAAAAUAUUUACUAUAUACAGCUAAAAUAAUUUAAACAUUACAUACAUCCUAAUGGGAUUGUUAUCCCACCAAUAAGGAUUAAUACUUCCUAGUUGGGAUCGUGUUGAAGCUGCUGUUUAAUUAUUACACGUGAACACGUUUGCACAUUCUUUUCUUUGUUUGUGCCUUGUUAAAAAAAAAAGUAAAUAAAAUUGCAACUUCAAUAACUACAAUUCUGUAUAGAAUUUGCUCAGUACAAUGAGAGAAUUGCUGAGGGUCCAAUGUUCUACAGUCCCAUAACACCAUAGAAGCCACCACCAACCCUUAGUGCUCCUCAUUCUCCUCCUUUUUAUGGUAUGGCUUUCAGUUCUAGCUUGCCACCGGACCUCACCUGAGCCCCCUGGACAAUUGAAGAGGUAUGUGCAAGCGUUCUGUAAAGAUGGUUGGGGAGCAGCAACUGGAAAUGUCUGAAGUCCAGACGACAUCUGUUCAACAACAGCCCCCUGUGCAGACUGUAGAAUCCAAUGACCAUCAGUACGAGUGCCACGAGUGUGGGAAAGUGUUUAAAUGGUCUUCUAGACUGAUUCACCACCAAAGGACUCACACUGGUGAGCGGCCAUACAAAUGCACAGAAUGUCCCAAAGCCUUUAAAGGCUCAUCUGCUCUGCUUUAUCAUCAAAGGAGCCACACUGGAGAACGUCCAUAUAAGUGCCUGGAAUGCGGCAAAGCAUUUAAACGCUCUUCGUUAUUGCAGAUCCAUCAGAGCGUACACACAGGAGUGAAAUCCUUUAAAUGCAAUAUUUGUGGAAUGGCAUUUAAGUGGUCUUCUCAUUAUCAGUAUCACGUGAGGCAACAUACAGGAGAGAGGCCAUAUCCGUGUAACGUCUGCGAGAAGGCCUUUAAAAACUCAUCAAGUUUAAGACGACACAGAAAUAUUCACACUGGUGAGAGACCCUAUAUAUGCACAAUUUGCGGGAAGGCUUUCACACAGUCUACUAACCUUCGGCAACAUCAACGAAUUCACACAGGCGAACGCCCAUACAAAUGUGAAGACUGUGGAAAAUCUUUCACCCACUCCUCCAACCUCCUGCUUCACCAACGCACACACUCUGCAGGCGUUUCUCACAAAUGCGAACUGUGCGGGAAAGUGUUCAUUUCAGACUCUUUUUUGCAAAAACAUUUGCAGUCUCAUGCCAUCGAGCAGGCAUUUGUACACGCUGAAACAGAAGUGUAUCUGACAACUACAGCUGCUGUGGAGACGGUAGAGAUGGUGUUUAAAUGUGGCGAUUGUGAUAUGACCUUCAAAAAUGAAGAUUUGCUUUUGGUCCAUCAACAGACCCAUGUAGAAGAGCCUAUAUAUCCUUGCACAAACUGCGAUAAAACAUUCAAAAAUGCUUCUGGUCUCUCUCGCCACAACCAACACUGUCACUCCAGCGAAAGGCCUUUCAAGUGCUCCAUCUGUGAGAAGACCUUUGUGCAGCUCUCAAACCUUUUGGUACAUCAGAGAACUCACACAGAAGAGCAACAGUUCAUUCAAACAGAGGCUGAGGUCACAUGUCCACAGACAUCAGAAAUCACUCAGCCAUCUACUGCUACGGCGGCUACAGAAACGGUUGACCGUCAGUACAAGUGUACAGAGUGUGGUAAAGCAUUCAAAGGUACAUCGGGCCUCCGGUAUCACAUGAGAGACCACACUGGAGAACGCCCGUACAAAUGUUCAGAGUGUGGGAAAGCUUUUAAGAGAUCGUCACUUUUAUCCAUCCAUCAGCGGGUACAUACAGGUGUCCGAGCUUUCAAGUGUGCAGAAUGUGGUCUAACAUUCAAAUGGUCCUCCCAUUAUCAGUACCACCUUCGACAGCACACAGGUGAACGUCCUUACAGUUGUACUGACUGCGGCAAAUCGUUCAAAAACACUUCAUGUUUACGCAGGCAUCAGCAGUUACACACAGGUGAGCGCCCAUUUACCUGUCUGAUGUGUGGAAAAACCUUCACUCAGACUUCUAAUCUGCGUCAACAUGAAAGAACUCAUACAGGAGAAAGGCCUUACAAGUGUGAUAAAUGUGAUAAGUGUUUCACUCAUUCCUCCAACUUGCAGCUACACCAGCGAACGCACUCCAGUGACAAGCCUUUCAAAUGUACAGUAUGCGGUAAAAGUUUUGUCAUGUCAUCUUACCUUCAGCGGCAUUUGCGUACCCAUAGUUCAGCUACUUUGGUAACUACGGAAAACUCCACACAAAAUAUUCAGAACUCCCAAAAUGUACAGGUUUUACCAAACAAUCCAGGAGUGCAGAUUAUACCUAGUAUGCCUGCACCCCUAACAUUUGAUGGAAGCAACCAACCCAGUGUUUCUAAUCUUCAAACAUUUGUACUGGUGCAAGUUAUGCAACAAAACACUCCAAAGUUAUUACUUCUGCCAAAUACACACGUUUUUCAAAGCCAGCAGAAGGUUCCUAUAGCCGUAAAUAAUUCCAAUGUGAGUCUAGUACAGAAUAAUGCACAGCAAAGGAAUUCGCAGAGCAAACCAGGGCGUAGGUGCUCCAAACAGAAAAAGCCUGUGGCACCCUGUAAUGUUGCUCCUAAUCAUAAUUUUGUUAUUAUGCCUAACACAGGGCAUGUUGUUCCUAGUAUUCAACCUCUUCAGCAUGUGCAAAUUCAAGCCAUACAAGGCUCUCCAAGAACCCAGGCAUUACCACUUGGACAAAAUGUACUUGUACUACAGAAUGUUAGUGAUCAAGGUCCUCACCAAUUGGCAAACUUGCAGAUAAAUGCUAUUCCUUCCUCACAGAAGACCUCUAACAUACAGAUACAACCAGCCCCUAUGACAAGAGACAUAGCUAAUGUUCAUAUUCAGACCUCAACCACGCCUCAAGAUGUUUCCGGUAUUCAGAUUCGAACCAUAUCAAGUUCUCAAGAAAUUCCUAACCUACAGAUCCAGACUGUACCAAGUACCCAGACUAUCUCCAAUGUUCAUGUACAGACAGCAGCUAGUACGCCAGAUCUGUCCAACAUACAAGAAAGCCAGAAUUUGAUUGUGGUGCAAAAUUCCCCAGAAGAGCUCUUGAGUACUGGCGAGAGCGUAGAAACUUUGCAGUCCAUGGAAGAUGUUCAUGAUGUCCACAUUGAGACCUUGCAAACUGAAGAAGGCUUACAGAAUAUCAUUGUUCUUCAAAAUGCUAAUGGAGAACAGACCAGGCUGUGUGUGCAAGAAGUGGAAAAUAUUCAGAAUUUGCAGGAUGUCCAGAAUGUCCAAAUACAAGCCAUAACGAAACCCAAUACUGCCAUUCCUGCCGGUCAAAAAGUAUUUAUAAUACAGAGUUCUGAGGGAGAGCAGACCCUUCAAGUAGUGGAUAAUAUACAGGGCGACCAAAACAUUCAAGUUGUAGAAAACGCCCAAAGCUUGCAAGGUGGCCAGAAUAUACAGCUGGUUCCAAAUAACCAUAAUCCCGGCACUGUCCAGAUUUUGCAGAAUCUGCAGCUGAGGACUGUUCCAAAUAACCAGGGUGUCCAGGCUAUUCAAAACGUGCAAAAUGUAUAUAAAAGUAUACCCACAGCUUCAAAUGGAAGCCAAACCAUUCAAACGGUAGAGCUGGUUCAGAAAAGCCCCGUGCAGGGAGUACAGCAAGGCCCACCCUCCAUACAGAUUGUGCAGACUGUACCCAAAGUACAACUUGUCCAAACAUUCUAAACAUAGCUUUAGAGACGACGCACGUAACUGUCCUAGCUUAAGAGACCUCAGGCUGUGACAUUAAAUAAUGGGCUUGUGAAGGAAGGAUCUGUUCAUGUUACACUGGGAUGUUCAGUGAAGUCUAAAAUAUAUAAAUAUAUUUGUCUAUUAUGAACUGUUUGAAUGUACUGUGUUAUGUAUUACUCUUAAAGGGGGUGAAUUUAUCCUUCAUUCAUAAAAACGUUCAGUGCAUCAAUGUUCCAGUAAAGACAGAAGAGCAAAGAUUGGGAUCAUGAAGUGGCACAGUGGUUUCCAUUAUAGGACAAAGACCACCUAAAGACUUUUACUCAAUCCAUUUUCAUUCUCUGCAUCUGUGAUCUCCAUAAGUCAUUGUUCAGGAGCUUACACAAAACCUUUGCACCUGUGGUUGGCAAUGCCGAACCAAUUAAUGGUCUUUAAAGGAAAAAAGACACUUGUUAUUGAUUUCAGGUUUACGCUGUGAGCAAUAGCCUGCUUCACUAAUUAGCACUUUUUAAAGAAAAUUUGUAAACUACAAAUUGUAGCUUUUUUUUUUUAAAUUUUGGGACCAGAAAGAAUGUUGAAAAAGAGCACAUUUUGAACCUGUUCUUCUGGUAUUUAUGACUAUUUUUCUUUUUAUUCAAUGUGCAUUUUUAACAAAUAAUAAAAAAAAACAAAACAAAUGUGCUGGGUGCAUAACAACUGUAGUUAUGUGUUAUGGCAUAUGAAGUAAACAAGAUUUAAUGGAACAUUUGCACUUUUCCUUGCCACUCUAGGAAUUGCCCCUAGGAAUACUGUAUGCCUUUACUUCCUGAGACCGACCUGGAGCAUUUCAGAUUUGGGCUUGACUGUGUUGAUAAAUGGAGUCACCUUGAUUUAGUUUAUGAUGUUAAUUUUUAACAGAUUUCAUUAGGUACCUUUGUGUCUGCAUUGUAAGCUUGCACCCUGUAACUGUAAUAUUAGUAGUUCUUAUAAAGCACUCACAUGUUUAAGAUUAUGCAUUUGGCCUGUAGGCUUUGGUUGGCCUUUGCGUAGGAUAAUUACUGUUGAAAUAAUUUACUUAUCAUAAAAAAAGUUUCAAUCCGAUUAUAUUUGCAUGGCACACACAUAGAUAUACUGUAUAUACAUAUACCCAUGCUUCUAGAUGCUAUACUUUGGUUUUAGCAGUACUCACGUAGAGGAACUAAGUAAAGAUGGGAUUCUGAGACUCCUUGAAAUAAAGAAACAAAAUA